AUGAAGAGGAACAUGAAACGCACUUGCAAGUUGAAAAAGCGUGAUCAAAUACUUAUGCACUUUGAGCAGGCUAUGAAAUCUUAUUCCAUUGCUGAGUUUGAUUGUCAUUUUCGAAAGAUCAAGAGAAAGGAACAUCUUGCUCAAUAUCUUGACCAGGCCGGGUUACAUAAGUGGUCUAUAGCUCACAUGGAUGGAUGCCGCUACAAUGUAAUGACAACAGAUAUUGCGGAGUCAAUAAACUCAGUCCUUAGGUUUACAAGGAUGCUGCCGGUGGUUCAUUUGAUAGGGGAAAUUAUUAAUCACCUUGUGAAAUUUUUCACCGAAUGUCGUGAGUUGGCUAUGAAUUGCACGACAACAUUGUGCCCCAAUUUUGGUGAGAAGAAGUUGAGGAAUAGGUUGGAGGAUGCUGCAAGGAUGAAUGUCGUUAAACUAAAUAACGUACACUUUAAUGUUUUGGAUGGCCUUGUGGAUUUGACAAACAACAGUUGUAGUUGUAGAAAGUUUCAGCUUGAGCAACUACCUUGCAAGCAUGUAGUUGCAGUUUGCCACUUCUUGAAACUAAAUGUAUACUCGAAGGCUUCUCGGUAUUACACUCGGAAUACCAGGUUGGAUGCUUAUUUGGAUAGCAUCUACCUGGUACAGCCUCAUGCAAUGUGGGUUAUUCCUGAACAUGUUCGAAGUCGAGUUGUGCUGCCUCCCAUGGCAAAGGUCAUGCCAGACAGACGAAAGAAGCUAAGAAUUCCCUCGCAAGGAGAGGGCACCAUUACAAGAAAGUGCUUAAGGUGUGGUUCCAUAGGCCACAAUAAAAUCACCUGUAAAAACAAUAUUCCACUGCACAAUGUAUCUUAG